GUCCGCUUUCGGCGAAACUGGUGGCGAAGGUUCAGAGUCACCGACUGCUGGUGGUUAUAGGCGGACUGGUGGCGUUCGUGGGGCACGUGGCGACCGCCUACGCUCCCAACAUCUACGUCAUGCACUACACAUACGGCAUACCGACGUCGGUUCAGGCUACGGACUCGCCUACGUGCCGGGGGCGACGAUGAUCGGCUACUACUUCGACCGGCGCAUAUACCUCGCGUCGUCCGUCGCCACGCUCGGCGGCGUCGGCUGCGGACUCAUGCUGGUCGCCCCGCUUAUACAGUCGCUCGUCGACGAGUACUCGUGGCGCGGCGCCAUGCUCGUCCACGGCGCCAUCGCUCUCCAUCUCUGCGUCGUCGCCGCCCUCCUGCGCCCGAUGGACAACAGCUACACGCGCGAGGAUGCGGGAUGGGCGCAGCUUCCCGGGGAUGCGGCGGCGGCGCUGCGCGACCGCCGCGUCGUCAUCUUCUGCAUCAACAACGUGGCGUGGGUCGCCGGCUCGUACGCCGCCUUCACGAUGAUGUGCGAGUUCGCUGAGAGCACGGCGAUCGUCGCCGAGCGACGCAGCGCGUUCCUGCUCGUCUGCGUCGGCGCGGCGUUCGUCGUCGGACGCUUCCUGGCGGGCGUGCUGGCGAAUCAUCCACGCUGCGACGAGCUGUGGGUGUACAACCUCGCCACGCUCGUGCUCGGCGUCGUCAUCAUCAUCUUCCCCGGAAUCAAGUCCGCCGUCGUGCUCAAUGCUACGGCACGAAAAGACGACCCGCGCUAA